UCUCCUCCCCUCCAUUCCUCUCCCCCUCCGUGCUGGUCCCAGUCUUGAGGGCUUGCUAGUGAAUCGGGAGAAAUAAACAGACACUGAACAGAGGGAAAAAAGGACACAGGGAGUGAUAGCGUGCGAUAAUUUAAGACAUCUCCCUCCCCUUCCCCCUCACUAUCUCUCAUCUUCAUCCCUCAUCUUUUCUUUAAUGGAUAGAAAUUAUCCUGGUACAGGAUUCGGUGAUUUGGGCGCUGGUACGGGAUGGAGUUACGAGAGAUCGGCGAAGGCAAGCCUGGUGUAUGGGAGUUCCAGGUCGUCCCAUCCAGACUCAGAGCUGCUCCAUCGCCAGGCCUAUGGCACACCCCACCCUCUGCAGGGCUACGCAACCAAUCACCACCCAGGUGGCUCUGGACAGGGCGGGGCUUGGGGGACUGGGCGGAGUCUAGGCUUAUCUGGGCUGUUUGAUACUGGGCUGCACCAUGCCAGUCCUUCAGGCCCAGACCCAUCCGUUAUGAACUUGAUUUCAGCUCUGGAGUCCCAGGGUCGGCAGGCUCCCCCCUCUGCCUCUUCCCUCCUCUCUCAAUUCCGAACUCCCUCCUGGCAAACUGCGAUGCACACUCAGCCAGAACUGUUCAUUGGAUCUGGUUCCUUCCCCUCCUCUUCCCUCUCGGCCUAUCAGCACCCAGCUUCAUUCUCUGGGCGCUCCUUCCCUAGCACCUCGCUCUCCCUCCAGGACUCCCCCACUUUCAGCCCAACGUCCAAUGGUCUGCUGUCCCCCCACGACCCCCUCCUGCACAUCAAGACGCCCUCCCAGUCCAGCUUGGGCUUCGACCGCUUGCUCACUUCGCAGGGAGCUUCCUACAGAGGGUCACAGGACCCCACCGGCCCACCACAGCCCCAGUCCUCCUCCUCAUCAGGUCGCCACCUGCCCCCUCCCCAGUUCAACCUGCUGUCCUCCCAGCUCCAGGACCAGUCAUCCCAGUUGUACAACGCGUCCGUGUUCUCCUCAGCGCCCGCCCCGCCCCAGCCGCAGCAGACCCAGGAGAGGGCCAUCCCAAGGCAGGACAGUGUGAUCAAACACUACCAGCGCACUUCCCCAGGCCAAUCACAGCUCUCAUCCUCGGCGCCCCACCCCCUGCAGCACUACCUCAGCUGUGGGGCAUCCGGGUACCAGCAGAUCUCCCACCAUCGGCAUGGAGGGGUUUCCUGCAGCCCACUGGGGGAACAGAGCCCAUCGGCGGACCCAAAGCCCUCCCCACGGUCAGACCAGGUUUACCGCCCCAUCAUCCAAACUCCAUACACGUCCUCCACCCCCUCCUCUGCCACCUCCUCAUCAGGGUCAGGCGGCGGUCUAGGAAAGGGGCCCAAGAACUCCAGCUCCAGCAGUGGCUACUCCUCCUCGGGCUCGUCGUCGUCCCGGACGCCCCACACCCCCCACACCCCACCCUCAGCCUCCUCCACGUCCUCUUCCUCCUCGUCCUCUUCGAACUCCAACCCUAAUCCUUCCUCUGGUUCCUCGUCUGCUACCUCUAGGCAGCAGCCCGCACCUCAGUCUGUGCCCGCUCCCCCUCCUCCUCCUCCUCCUCCACCCCCUCCUCCGGUCUCCUCCGCCCCGACCCAGCAGACUCCUUCUAAACCCUGCCUGUCAGCAUAUGGCUCCCCCGUGGCCCCCGUCAAGCCCAGUGCAGGCCUCCCUGGACAGACACCCCCACAGCAGCAGUCUCAGUCCUUCUCCCCUGGCCAGCCCCCUCCCUCACACCACCCCUCUCACCAACCCUAUGGAGGCUUCAGCUCGCCCCAAGCCCAGGACCUAACCUCUGGUUCCGGGGGUUCAGGGAAAGGAUAUGGAGGGCUCGGACCAGGAGGCCGCUCCUUCUCUGCUGAGGUGGUCUAUGGGACAGACUCGGGAUAUGGCUCUAUGCCCACCUCCCUUGGUGGUGCAGGCAGUCCUUCGUUGGGUUACGGAGGCCAAGGGCACUCCCCAGCCCUUCUGGGGACUGGAGGAGGAGGAUCUGCUGGUGGUGGAGCAGGGUCCGGUGCGGGUGGAGCUGGAUCAGGAGGUGGAGGCGUGGGAGCAGGUGGAGGCACUGGAGGUGGAGGAGGCAGCACGUACCACCUACCUGACUCUAGCCCUUCUUCCUCUGGUAACUCUGGCAUCAUCCGACCUGGGAUGCACUCUCCUGCUCCCUCCCGCCCAGCCCAGUCCCCCGGGGGAGCCGGGGGUAACAAGUAUCUCUCCUCCGUUCUCUCCCCUGCUUUCCUGUCCUCUCCACAGGGCUACCCUGAUAACCGAGGCCCCCAGUCUCAGCCCUAUCACCCCACGCCCCCUAAGCUCAAACCAGAUGCUGACAUGAUGGGAGUAGAGCGCUCCCAAGAUGACGAGGAAGAGGACGAUGAUGACUUCCUGAUUCAGCACUUGCUGCACGCCCAGAGCCCCACGCCCCACCCAUCCCAGCACCACCCCCAGCGGGCCCAACAGCAGACAACCCAAUCCAUCUCUCAGGCCAGGGAUGGGAGCAAAGGGCUGGCCUAUGACCUUAACAAAGCCUCAGAGGAGCGCUACCACGUCCAGAGCGUCAUCCGGACCAACAGCGCCACCAACAGCACGGCCCCCGGUACCACAGGGAAUGACAGUAGAGGCGGCCUGGAGAACCAGCUGGAGAUCUCUCUGAAGAAACAGCAGCAUCAGCAGGUCAAGAACGAGAGAGGGCUGUCCGGAGCAGGGUCUGGUGGAGGAAGAGGGGGAGCGGACUCCCUGUCACACCCCCACCCUCACGCCCCCCACCCUCACCAACACGACUCCCUUGGUUCUGUAGUACACUACGGCAGGGGUGACCCUUACUGCCAGCCCCCUCAUUCCCAGCACCCAUCGCACCCCCAGCAGCACCCCCAGCACUCUCAACACGCCCACUCGCACUCCCACGGCCACCCUCACAUGGAGCUUAAGAAGCCCCCGGAUCCGUCGGAGCUGCCAUACCUGCGAAAGACCCCUGAACUGCAACAGCAACCACGGCAGUCCCAGUCCUCCAUGUCAAUCAUGGACUCCCCCCCAGACCAGCCCCAGCAGCCCGCCUCCGCCCACAUGCUGCAGUCUGUUCUGUCCCACACCACCCGCAACAAGAUGGACACCCAGCAAGUCCCUUCUCAGCAGCAGCACUCCAUGACUCAGCAAGCCAUGAUGGGGGCAGGUGGAGGGGCAGGGCCUGGCGGAUCAUCGAGGGGGGAUCCUCAACCCCAGUCUCAAUCCCAGCUUCAACUGCAACUCCAGUCCCAGGCAAUGGAGGCCCACUAUGCCCGGGGGUCCCAGCGAGAUCAGAGCCAAGCCAGCCAAAACUCAGUCUCUCCGCUGGACAUGCUGGAGCGCUCCCUGUCUCGUGCCAACAGCCGAGACAGUGGAGGGCCCUCAGAGAGAGGUGGGGUAGGGGGAGGGGACGGGGGCAGUAGUGACCGCCACAGGCAACAGCAGCACAGGCUGCCGCCUCCUCACCACCAGUCCCAUCACUCUCAACAAACUGCCUCCGAGCUUCACGACUUUCUGUCCGAGCCAGACCUAGGCUUGAGCACGCCCUCCCACAUGCACCACCUCAGUGCACACCACACCCACCCACAUGUCCACCACCAACAGCAGACCCACUCGCACCACAGCCUCCCGCACCAGCACACCCAUGCCCAAACACUCCCCCACCACCUGGCGCCCAAUUCAGGGCCCCCGCAACAGCAGCCUCCUUCCCAACCGAGGGAUCAGGAGCCACAGCUCUCCCAGUCCCAGUUGGACCAGCUCAAAGAGCACCAGUUUGACACUGUGAGCCCUUCGGGGAAAGCUGGACAAAACCAGGGCCAGCAACAGCAGGAGCAGCAGCAGAGGUUUGUGCCUCUGACCUCCAUUUGUUUCCCAGACUCCCUUUUACCAGAUGAGGAUCGCUCUUUCUUUCCUGGCAUUGAGGAUAUGUUCUGCUCUGAUGACUAUUCCAAGUCCAGCUGCUCCGGGGGCACCGGGUCAGGCCAAGGGGUGCAGGAAGGUAUGUCAGAGGCCCGUGGACAGGGACCUGAUGGCCUGGAGGGCGCCAAAACCAGCAGUGGUGGAGGUGGGUAUGAAAUGAUGGGUCACCAUGGCGACCAAGGGUACGGGCAGUACUGUCACGGCCUUUCUGACACAGAAAACGGCACCAUGCACCUGGACCUGGACUCGCUAAAGACCCACGAGCUCCCGUCCACCGUGAACACUGAGCAACUUGGCCUCAUUCAGUCUCAGACCCCAAACCUUGGCAUGGGGGGUCCUGGGGGAGUUCCUGGGGAUGGCUCUGCCAACAAGAUGAUUGGGGGUACGGGUGUCGGUGGAGGUUCUGUUCCAGCUGGCCUGACGUCGCCCAUAUUCUGCUCCUCCAAACCCAAGAAGCUACUAAAGACCAGCUCCUUCCACCUGCUGAAGCAGCGCCGUGACCCGCAGCCACAGGCCAAGAAGAACUACGCCCAGGAGUAUGAGUUUGAGGAUGACGAGGACAAGGCAGAUGUUCCCGCUGACAUCCGCCUAAACAGCCGACGGCUCCCCGACCUCCUCCCCGACCUUAUAUCUAGCUGUAGGAAGGCUGGAGGCGGAGGCACCUCUGGGGUGAGCUCCCUCAGCCCUCUGAUGGGUGACCUGGACUUCUGCCACCCUUCUGGCUACCCCUCUCUUGGCCCCCCUCCUCAGCUCCUACCCCACGACGGUCCCAAAAAGCGGGGCAGGAAACCAACAAAACCUAAACGGGAAGGCCCACCUCGACCCAGAGGACGACCUCGCAUCCGCCCACUCCCAGAGCCACCCUACUGCAGAGGUCUGAUGGGAAAUGUGGGUGGUGAGACCCGCAGGGGUCGUGGGCGGGGUAGAGGGCGGGGCCGGAAGGAGGAAGGGAUGAUUGAGAUGCACCGAGACAUGAACAAAGUACCCAACCUCCAAUAUCAACCACAAGCUCAACAGCAGUUUCACCAACAACAGCACUUUCAGCAGCACCAACAUCAUCACCUUCAACCACAGCAGAAUCUACAACCCGAACAACAGCACCCACAUCAACAACAGCACCUACACCAACACCAUCAUCAACAACAGUUACAACAUCAACAACAGCCACAGCACCCACCGCACCAGGAACCCAUCAAGCCCAUCAAGAUCAAGCUACCUAUCUCUUCUAACCACCCCUCGGACUCCUUGCUGAGGACUGACUCCCUGUCCAGUACCGACCCGGUCCUCUCUGAUGGGUCAGUUGGCUCAGCCCCCUCCCUUGGCCUGAGUCCUGGACCCACCACCGGGAUCGACAUGAACAUGACCAGGAGCCAUGAGAAAAUGAAACAGAAAGCCCAAGCCCUGGAGAUGACAUGGGAGAGGGACAUGGAUGAGCAGCUGACACCCGAGGCCUGGGCUGCCAUGCAGAAGCUCUCCAGCACGACCGAAGAUAAGCCAUCUGAACUGAAAUCUAACUUCAUGGCUUCAUUCCUGGAUUUCCUCAAGACGGGAAAGAAGCAGCCUGGUUCAGAACCACGAGACCUUGGUGAGCCGGUGGGAGGAUCUCAAACCACAGACACCUCUUCCCUGAAGGGUGGAAUCCGGCCCCUGUCCCCACCUCCACCUCCCCCUCCUCCACCCCCUACGUUUGGGGACAGCAGUGAGGGUGAAGACGGGUUGAGCCCCUGCAAGCGCUUGGACGAUGAGCUCAAGAGGAACCUGGAGACGCUGCCAUCCUUCUCCUCCGAUGAGGAGGAGGACUCGGUCAGCAAGAACCAGGACCUGCAAAAGAGCAUCUCCUCUGCUAUUUCUGCCCUCUACGACACACCGCAUUCACUGGCUGCAGCUGUGGCCCCGCCCCCACCUAGCCCGCCUCCACCUCAGAGCCCAUCGCUGCCACCGACGCCACCCAUGGCUCAGACACGGGAGGUCCUAGACGAUCUGGAGGAGCAGGAGAUUGGUGGAGAGUCAUGCACACAACCUCACAAUGUGCUGGAUGACGCCCAGGAGAACACGCCAUCCCCACGGCAGUCUGGACUGGAUAGGACUGAGGGGGAGGACGAAGGUAAAGAGGAGAUGGGGGAUGAGGAGUUAAAGGAGGAAAACAUCACAGGACAGAAGGGGGUGGAGGAAGAAGAGGAGGAGGAAGAGGAGCAAGAGUUUCAGAUGCUGGAUGCUCCUAGAGUGGAAGAUUCUCCAUCCGGCCCCCCACUGGCACCCGCACCUCCCUCGCCUCCGUCCCUGUCCCCUCUCAGCACGUCCCCUGCCUCCCCACUGCCUCUCCCGCCUCUCUCCUCGCCCUCCCCUCAGCCCCUGCAGCACGACCAAGAGGAGGUGGAGGAGCAGCGUCAAACCCGAAACUCCUGCUCCAACCCUUCUGCCUCCCCGCCGCCCAGCUCCUCCCCCCCAGCCAUGCCAUCUUCGCCGUCCCCUUCCCCCGCUCUUCCCCCCUCCACCACGCCCCCUCCCUCCUCCUCCCCUCCCCUUUCAGAUGUGCCGGAGCCAGGCCAGCCUCCUUCCUCGUCGCCCUCUUCGUCUUCGCCUCCCUCGCCACCCACCCCCGAGGAUGCGCCAACCCCGAAGAUCACAUCGCUGCACCUGGCCAAAAAGCAGGGCAACGCAGCCAUCGCUGGAGAGAGCGAGGAGGAGGACAGCGAAAGUGGUGGUGAAGGCAUCUUUCGUGAGAGGGACGAGUUUGUAGUACGCACUGAGGACAUUGGCACGCUCAAGAUGGCCCUACAGACGGGCCGGGAACCACCACCUAUAUGGAGGGUGCAGAAAGCCUUGCUGCAGAAGUUCAGCCCAGAGAUUAAAGAUGGACAGAGGCAGUUCUGUGCCACCAGCAACUAUCUUGGAUAUUUUGGUGAUGCCAAGAUGCGCUACCAGCGUCUCUAUGUCAAGUUUCUGGAGAAUUUCAAUAAGAAGGAUUACGUCCGCGUGUGCUCCCGGAAACCCUGGCACAGACCUGGACUUGCUUUAAGGCGUCAGUCGCUCCCAUCGCUCCCCAAGCCGCCUCCCCAUGCCCUCAGCCAAACUCCACCACGAGUAGAGCGUGAUGAGAGGGAGCGAGAGAGACAGCGGGAGAGGGAGCAGAGAGAGCAAAGAGAAAGAGAGAGGGAGCAGAAAGAGAAGGAGCAGAAAGAGAAGGAGCAAAGAGAGCGCGAGCAAAAGAAGGAGCGGGAGCAGAAGGAGAAAGAGAAGGAACAAAAGGAGAAGGAGCAGAAGGAGAGAAGAGAGCGGGAGGACAGGGAAAAGGAGAAACAAAGAGAGAGGGAGCGGGAAAAAGAGCAAGAAAAGGAGAGGAAAGAGCGUGAGGAGAAAGACAAGCAGCACCAACCAUCUCAGGAGAAGGUUGAAAGAAGGAGCAGUGGAGAAGACCGGAAGAGGGGGAGGGAGGAGAAGAGAGGAGUAGAAAAGAAGACAGAGCGCCCGUCCAGGGCAAGGCCAGUGAAGGCAGAGCCUCCGCCCAAAAAGAGAAAGAAGUGGCUGAAGGAAGUCCCCUCUUCCUCUGACUCUGACUCCUCACCUGAUGGUCCCAGUGAAGACGAAGCCCCUGUAAGAGGAGGGAAAAACAGUCGAGCCAUGAGGGAGAUGUUCAGGAGCUAUGUAGAGAUGCUAGUCAGCACAGCACUGGACCCUGACAUGAUUCAAGCCCUGGAGGACACAGACGACGAGUUGUACCUCCCGCCCAUGAGGAAGAUUGACAGCCUCCUCAAUGAACAGAAGAGGAGACUUCUGAGGAGAGUCAACAUGAGUGGUCAACAUCAGGAGAUGCUGCAUAUGUUCUCCAAAAUGACAGCAGACCCCCUGGACUCUGGUGUGGUGAAAGUGCACCUCGGGGGAGAGUGCUACAAUCGUAAAACUCUCAACCGGGUUAAGAGGAGCACCACGCCAAAACAGCAGGACCUCAAGCUGUCCACAGAGAUGUGUCGGGUCUACAGCCUUUAUCAUUCCCUCCAUCACUACAAGUAUCACACCUUCCUGCACUGCAAGAAGGAGACGGACAGUAUAGAACAGGCAGCAGAGGACCCUGGUCAAGAAGAGGUGGUCCAACAGUGUAUGGCCAACCAGGGUUGGCUGGAAACCCUCUUCAACUCCUUCAUUGACCUGCUGACUCUCAGCACCAAGGCCUGAGAAGGGGACCAUGUCCAAAAUGGCAGUUUUUGACCAGGGCCAUAGGUCCUAUAUAUGGAAAAUUUGGAAAGCAGAAUGUGAGUUUGGGAGGGAGGACUUCUACAGUAUUUGGGGGGAAAAGCAAGAGAGAUGGAAGUGGAGAACACUGGACUGUACCAAAAUGUGGAGGUACAGACUCUACCACUGGUUCUUGCCCAGCAAGAGAGAGUGAGAACAGGCAGUGUUCAGUCUGAGGAGUGUUUCAUUUGAACUUACAAUGGAGGCUAUGACAAACUGUUUUUAUUACUUUUUUUUUUCUUUCUCUCAUCUCUUGACUAAAGAAAAGAGAAAGAUGGAAGAGAGCGUGGGAGGCAAAGUGAGAAUAGUGAAUGUGUGAAAUGGCACAAUGUCCACCAUGGUGUGGGCCAUGGUGAAUCGGUCAGCACUACAGGAGGUUGUGAUCUACAGCCAAACAUGCACGUGCACACAAACGCACACACGGAUACAUGCAAAUACACACAAAAACACACACACCAACAUACAAAAAACAUAUAUAGGUACAUAUUAAUAAUUAUGAUUUGUAUUAUUUAUACAAGAAUAUUUUUAACAGCAUAUCGCCCUAGCUGGGAUUGUUUGCUGUUAUUAUUUGAAAUAAUAAUGUUUUAUUAGGGUAUACAUGAAAUGGCCUACCUGCAAUCCUUUGCUCACUCCUGCUUUACUGCUGAAGGAAAAAAAAUAGUGAACGGGAGGAGGACUGAGUUAAAGGGAGGGAAGGGAGGAGAGUGUUUGUUCCCUUUUUUCCCAUCUGCUUAAAAAAAUUUAGGGGGAAUUGUAUUUUAAAAAAAAACAAAGCAAACUGUGUUCUUUCUGUUUGUUCUUCAAAAGAAAAUGAGAGAGAAGUUUACACCUGAAGUAAAAAAAAAAAGUAUCUGUUCGCUUUAUAAAAUAAAGCACUGUGGUUUUAGGAAGGUGUAACAGCUAAAAUGCGUAACAAAAAUCUGUGUUUACUGUUUUCAUUUGAACUCUUUGUUGUUUGUUAUGAUCAUUAUUAUUUUGGAGGUUUAUCUAUUUGUCAAGCUCUUUUUUCCCUCUGUAAAUAUUGUACAGUUACUUCAGUCUCAAAAGCCAGUUUUCUUCUGUACAUGAUCUUCCUGUAUUUGACAAAAGCAAAUAAAAAUGUUAAAAUGAUGAAAAUGACAGGGGAAACCAA